AUGUACGCCGCGCUGGGGUGCGUCGCGGUGGUGCUGGUGUUGGCGCUGUUCGUGCAGAAGCGCCGCCGGAAUUAUGAGGCCUCACAGUGCGAGUGCGCGCAGUCGGCGAGGUUGUUUGCGCCCGAACUCCUCGCCCCCGAGCUCGUGCUCACCACUGGGGCGCCGAAACCGGUUCAGCCGACGGUGAAGAACAAGCUGACGAACGCGAUACACUGGAAGAGCGCGCUUCCGAUUCGGGAUUUUACAGGAAGUUCUGACCCGUACGUCCGCGUCUUUCUGAUGCAAUACCCCAGGCAGUGGGAGCGGACAAAGGUUCAUCGCCGAAACCUCAGCCCGAAGUUCAACGAGACGUUGUCUUUCCCGGGUCAUUCGAUGAAGAAGCUGCACGACAUGACUCUCGUGAUGCAAGUCAUGGACUUUGACCGGUUCUCGGCUGAUGAUCCGAUUGGCGAGAUCUUGCUCCCGAUGAAGUCAGUCAAAUUCGAGCACAGCCCGGUCUAC